AAGACCACAAUGGCAAUCAAAUUUACGAUCCUUCUUACAACUUUUGCGCUCUCCCAAGCGGUGCCUAUACAGAUUUUCGCUGAUGGCGUUGCAGUAUCCAGCGGUGGCCUGCCUCAAAGACCAAUUGUCAGUCCUCCCAUUCCACAACCAAACGUGGCCUUUGGUUUCGGCAGCGGCUUCAGCAGCGACAUCGCCGGCGUUAGGCAUUCUACUGGCAUUAGCUCUUCGUUCUCAACUGGCGACUCCCAAGCGUACGGCUCUGGUGUAGGAAGUACUGGCAACACAUACGCAAAAGGGGCAAGCCUCACAAACGGAGCACCUUCCACCUACUAUGUUCGUCCAGCCGGAAGACAAUACAAUAUCCAUGCAGAGAAUCCACAAUAUACCGCCUCGGCCGCUUCCGCUGCCCAAGUUCAAGGGCAGAAUGACGGCUGGGUUCAGAACUACAGGCCAGUUAAUCAAUACCAGUCAGCUGUGUCCUCUGCACAAAACAGCAACCAACAGCAGUCGGCCGUAUCAGCGGCGCAGAACCAACAAGGGCUUGGAUACCAAUCAGCGGUCUCUGCCGCUCAUAACGGCAGGAACUACGGCUCCGCUGUCUCAAACGCUCAAUCGCAUAAUGGUUACUCGAACUUUGGAUCAGCGAUAUCGGCCGCUCAGAAUAUCGGCGGGCUAAAAGCUAGUACAGCACAAGCUGUGCAGCAUCACGGCGCUGGUGUGCAGCACAGCGGAGCCAGCAGCCUCAACGCGCCCGGCAUCCAAUCUGCGCAGUCGCACGCCAUCAACACUGGAUAUUAUUAAUGCUUGUAAACAAAUAGUGCUAGUAAACGGUCAUAUGUGUCCUAAAUUAUUUAUUUAAGAACUCGAUUAUUUAAUAUUAAAUGUUUA